GUUCUGUGCGUGUGACCCCUAAGCCUUCUUGUUUGAUCUUGGUCCGUGUUGGUUUCUGUGGGGGGUGGUAGAGGCUUCCUUUGUUUACCUAGGUACCUCAGAUCUCACCCUCACCUGGUACACCCCCUCCUCUUUCACCCCACCGUUCACGAAGUUCACCCACCGAGUCCACACAGGACAAGUCUUUCCAUGAAUAUCAUAUUUCCCCUUAUCCCCGACCUCGAAUAUCCCUGACUUCUUCCUAUAAGCACGACUAAGCACGACUAAGCCGCCACCAUGACCCUUUUGAGGCGGCUUAAGGUUCGCCGCAGGGCAUCCCGGCUCUGGGAAAGGAUGAAAUCACCUGUGGAGCUCAAAAGCGUGAGCCCGGCGCCCGUGAGCUUGAAGACUAUAGGCUCGACGCUGGUGGGCUCUGAUCCUGCGAGUAAAGAUACUCCAAAGAAGGACCUCCUCCUGCCCUUGGUUAUCGAUGGCCGUCAGCUCGCUGUCAUGGCGGAGGAGGGGAAGUGGUGCAGCAGUUGUGGAAUCUACCAGAGAUACGAUGAGCCGCGUAUCCGCUGCUGCCCAAGGCCCCCAUUUGAGGAUGAACCCUCCGACACCGCCGAGCCGCCUUUGCCCACGAGCGAGACACUCGCAAGCCCUCAGCCGAUGAGCCCUCAGCCGGAGUCGCAGCCAUCGCUAGACCCAGAGGGACCACCAAAUCCCGUCUCCAACCCAGACGUCUCCAUGGCCAACAACGUCAACCCCCCGGUUAGCAAGGACGACGCCGAAGAGGAGGAGGAGGAAGGGGAAGGGGAAGAAGGCUUCAUCUCGGACGACGAAGGGGAUCCCGCCCCGGCCAGGACCCCGCCCUGCGCCUUCUGCCUCUGGUCCAGCACCGUCGGGCGCUGGGACGACGGGCUCGCGGCGCUGCGAUACCCGGCCACAGAAGACGUGUACCCGCCUCCCCGGCACCGCUGCGGCAUCCGUCGCCGCCCCUUGCACCCGGACCUGUUCAGGCCGCACUCUCCGCUUGGAGGUCUUGCCGCUGGGCUGGAUGCGAAGGGGAGGUUUGGGGAGCCGGGUGGGAGGUUGGGCGGUUGGUGAGGGGGCGGGUUCAAAAAACUGUUCUCGGCGCGGAGAGGGAGUCUCUCUCGCUGGUUUCCUGACUUGGACUUGGCUUGUUGCUGCAGAUCUGGCCGUGGAGAAUCCGGCUCCUAUCGAUGGCUUGUGGUGCUGGAUCACGAUAUCGGAGUUACGCGUCUGAGUAUGGAGUUCUGAUUUCUUCCCUCGCCCUCCCAGCAAGAUACAGCUGGUGAUUUGGGAGGGCAAGGGGCUAAGCCUUCGAACGAGGCAUUCGAGAACGAAUGGCCGCAUAAUACUAAUAUGGUCAGGAUAAGCUGUACCAGUAACGAAACGAAGUUGUACGAGAGAGUCAAACACUGUCAGAGUAUUUAGUCUCUAAUCAUCCAUCCAACAAGUGAUCACAGAGGGGCCAAAAUAUCCUCAAAGGGUGGCUGUAGGUUGUAGCUCGGGUUUGAUUAGCAUGUAGUAACUUCCAGCACGU